AUGCCCGCUCGCGGAAGCAAGAAAUCCGUUGAUCCUUGCUUUGAAGAGAUUUCGGAUGACCGGUAUAGAUGCAAGCCCUGCGACUUGUAUACUGGCAGUAUUCGAUCGCUGGGCCGGACAGCUUUGACGGCCCAUCUAACAUAUAUCACCCAUCAGAAUGCGGUUAAGCACAUGAACAGAGUAGUCGCAGAGCAACGAGAAGAAGAACAAAGUGCUCGUGCUGCUGACAAUAUUUCAGAAGAAGCCGUCUUACGUGCAUGGUGCCGACCCAGCAGGGCAGCAAAUAGGGCUUCUGAGAAGCCGUCCAAACCAUCGUACUCGCUAUACCAAGAUAACAUCAUCGUUGAAAUGGGCGGAAUAUCCACAGGAGCGAUGUACAAUCAGCUUCAGGAUGAGUACCGUGACUUCACGCUCUCAACGUCCAUAAGAAUGGGUGCUUCGUUGGGCAUCGAGUCAGACCGCGAACGUGCUCAACGAGAUGGAUUCUGCGAUGAAGAGCUUAUUGAUAGCUUCUCUACUAAUGUCAUGCAAGAUAUGCAAACAGCGGCCUUUACUGCUGAUCCUAAUGAAGAUGAGAGUCAUGCAAAACAGCACGGGUUUACUGGAUACAGAGCAUCUACCCCAUCCGAAGAAUGGUUCCCUUAUCCUAAUAAGACGACUUUCCUGCUUGACACGCUAGAUAAUCUCCCGCGCUUGCGCAUAUCUGACAAUCUCAUGCAGGUGUUCCUAUGGGUUAUGCGUGAAGCAGGUGCAGCGCAGGUUCCAUCAUUCGAUGCCUUUCGAAAGCUUCAAGAUAAACUGCGCAAGGAAUCUGGUAUCAAAACUGUCAAGUGCCGAUCACCUCUUGGUAACAACUUCUAUAUGAACGAUAUCGGCGCAAUAAUUGCGAAGGACUAUUCUAACCCAUUGACUCGGCCACUCAUGGUUCAUUACCCCCACGAAACCAGUGGGCCCAUAUCAGGAGUUUGGCAUGGCGAGAAGCUGUUAAAGGAAACGCCUCUCGAGCAUCUCUGCCCGCAUUACUUGGAUGACUUCGGAAAUUAUUACUACGUGAAUGAGAUAGCAAUGGUACGCAGUGGCAACUUCGUAAUCCCGAGACGUUGGAAGCUUCGUGAUGGGAAAGAACUAUGGGCCGAUGCAUGGCCCGUGACACCAAACAACGAUGGGACUGCAACAUACUUGAUCGACGACCAGCGGCUUGUGAACAUCAAAGCCGCUGAUCUCAUCCUCAACUAUUUUGACCUAUGUGAGCGAAGACAACUUCCGCCCUGCUGUGAACGCUCGAAGCAUCAUUUAUCAGCAAUGCCCAACUCCCUCCACCGUCUCGCUCAAGGCGAACCCUUGUACUCCAGCUGGAUUACCGUGUGGGCUGAUGAUGUCUCAGCCAAUCGUUCCAAGUCUUGGAACAAACACUGGAACCUGUACAUAACUCAUGGUAACCUACCACGCAAACUCCUGCAGCAGGAAUUCCAUGUUCACUUCGCAUCUACAUCUCCCAACGCUACUGUUGCUGAGCAGUUUGCUGCUAUGAAGCGCAUGAUCGAGUACGUAUUUGCAUACUAA